AUGGCAGGAAUUGGAGUCGUUGAGGAUGAAGAAAGCAUCUAUGGUCGCAAUAAAUACAUUUUGAGGCCUAAAUUGUAUUUACAUAAGGUUAACAUUUCCUUUUUCAUUUUGUCCUUUCCUCUGCGUUGCAGGCCCGGGAAAGUUACGGAAGAAAAGCACCCAAAAGCAUCGUUAUCAAGUAAGGUGUUAAGCCUUGAAGAGCUUUUCUCUUUGGAGGUAUGGAGAGCUUCUUUGGCAGAGCUUCUUGGGACGGCAGUGCUUGUUUUCUCGUUGGACACGAUAGUUAUCUCCACAUUACAGACCGAAACAAAAACACCAAACCUUGUAAUGUCGGUCCUAAUUGCCUUCGUUGUUGCAGUUCUCCUGCUUGCUACGUAUCCCAUCUCCGGGGGCCACAUCAAUCCGAUUGUUACCUUUGCUGCUUUGCUCACCGGCCUGGUUUCCAUUUCCCGAGCUGCCAUAUUCAUUUUGGCUCAAUCUGUUGGUGGCAUACUAGGUGCAUUAGCACUCAAAGCCGUGGUUAGCAGCGGCAUUGAACGAACGUAUUCACUAGGGGGAUGCACCGUGACUAUUGUUGCACCAGGCCCACAUGGGCCUACUGUGAUCGGCCUGGAGACGAGCCAGGCCCUUUGGCUCGAGAUAAUUUGUUCCUUUGUGUUUCUUUUUGCUUCGGUAUGGAUGGCUUUCGACCGUCGCCAAGCCAAGGCUGUGGGCCGAGUUAUGGUCUGUGUUAUCCUUGGAAUAGUGUUAGGUCUUCUUGUAUACAUUUCUACUACAGUCACAGCAACGAAAGGCUACAGUGGUGCUGGGCUAAACCCAGCAAGGUGCUUGGGCCCAGCAGUUGUUAGAGGGGGCCACCUGUGGGACAAACACUGGAUAUUUUGGAUUGGGCCAGCUAUUGGGUGUGUGGCUUUUGCUCUUUAUGUUAAGAUGAUUCCACGUGAGCAUACCCACAGCUACUAAGUAUAUUCGUUUUCAAGAGCUAAGACCGGCACACAAUUUGGUAUCUUAUUGGCUUAAUGUAAUAAGGUGGCGUAAGCCCGAAG